AGGGUAACGUUUUGCUCCCAGGUACUGUCUCGCCAGGGUUAUUUACUGUAACUUGCAGUCACCGGGCAAGGUCCAGGUGGACAGAUUUUUCUACCCUCAACUUGUCAAGACCUCCCAAACUCUCUGACACCCAGAGAACAACGUGUCCAGAGCUCAACCUGGAAGAGCACAGCCAUGGUGCUCUGGGGUCUGGUGCUGGGAGCUCUGAUGGUGGCCACUGUGGGGUAUCUGUGCCUGCAGGAGCUGCUCCGGCAACAGAGACCCAAGGAGCCCCCUCUGGAUAAGGGCUCCGUGCCCUGGCUGGGCCAUGCUAUGGCUUUCCGGAAGAAUAUGUUUGAAUUUCUGAAGCGCAUGCGGGCUAAACACGGGGAAAUAUUCACGGUGCAGCUAGGGGGCCAGUACUUCACCUUUGUCAUGGACCCUCUCUCCUUUGGCCCCAUCCUCAAGGAUACGCAGAGAAAACUAGACUUUGUGGAGUAUGCGGAGAACCUGGUGCUAAAGGUAUUUGGAUACCGCUCCGUACCGGGAGACUACCAGAUGAUACACUCAGCCAGCACCAAGCAUCUCAUGGGGGAUGGCUUGGAGGAGCUCAACAAAGCCAUGCUGGACAGCCUGUCCUUGGUUAUGCUGGGACCCACAGGCCCCAGUCUGGAUGCCAGUAGCUGGCGUGAGGAUGGCCUCUUUCACUUCUGCUACAACAUCUUGUUCAAGGCCGGCUACCUGAGCUUGUUUGGCUACACAAAGGACAAGGAGCAGGACCUGCUACAGGCAGAGGAAUUAUUCGUGCAGUUCCGCAAGUUCGACCGCCUGUUCCCCAGGUUUGUCUACUCCCUGCUGGGGCCCCGGGAGUGGCUGGAAGUGGGGCGGCUCCAGCGUCUCUUCCACAAGACGCUCUCUGUGGAACACAACAUGGAGAAGUACGGCAUAAGCAACUGGAUCACCUAUAUGCUUCAGUAUCUGAGGGAGCAGGGAGUCGCCCCAGCCAUGCAGGACAAGUUCAACUUCAUGAUGCUCUGGGCCUCCCAGGGUAACACAGGGCCUACCUCCUUCUGGGCCCUCUUGUUCCUCCUGAAGCAUCCAGAAGCCAUGCGGGCUGUGAGGGAAGAGGCCACCCAGGUCCUGGGAGAGGCCAGGCUGGAGGCCAAGCAGUCCUUCAACUUUAAGGUCGGUGCCCUCCACCGCAUGCCGGUGCUGGACAGCGUGAUGGAAGAGACACUGCGGCUGGGGGCCGCGCCGACCCUCCUCAGGGUGGUGAACGAUGACCACAGCCUGAAGAUGGCCAGUGGGCAGGAGUACCUGCUCCGCAGUGGAGACAUCCUGGCCCUCUUCCCUUAUCUCUCAGUGCACAUGGACCCCGACAUCCACUCCGAGCCCACCACCUUCAAGUACGAUCGCUUCCUCACCCCCAGCGGCAGCCGAAAAGUGGACUUCUACAAGGCAGGCAAGAAGAUCCACCACUACACCAUGCCAUGGGGCUCGGGUGUCUCCAUCUGCCCUGGGAGGUUCUUGGCCCUCAGCGAGAUGAAGCUCUUUGUCCUGCUCAUGGUCACACACUUUGACCUGGAGCUGGUGGACCCUGACACACCUGUGCCACCCGUGGACCCCCAGCGCUGGGGCUUUGGCACCACACAGCCCAGCCACGACGUGCGAUUCCGCUACCGCCUGCGCCUGUGGAGCGAGCUCUGCCCAGGUGGCCGCAAGCCUGGCUAGGGGGCUCCCUUGGGGUCUCCACCUCCUCUCACCCCUCUGAAGCCCCAGACCACCCCUUCCUCUGGCCUGCUUGCCCUCUCUGCUCUUCGGCCCUCCUUUUAGUCACCUCACAGGCUUAUUCUUCUCUCUUUCAAACACUGUCUCUCACAGUGGAUUCUGCAGAAACUGCGUCUCACAGGAAGUCCAGGGAAGGGGCAGUAUCUGUGGGCAACUCAGUUUGGGGGCUAAUACAUGCCUUGACAAGUCCUGCAGUAUAGACACUGGUUACGGUGGGCAAUGCAGCAUCUUGCAAACGUUUAGUCUCCACCCUCCCACUCUGCUUUGUUUUUUUUCCCUCAACACUUAUUCCACAUCCUGUGGAAUUCAGGGUUUAGGACAGUGUCAUCCAAUAGCAGUACGAGGCAAGCCACACGCAUAAUUCUUAAUUUCCUAGUUGACACAUUUUUUAAAAAGUAAAAAGAAAGAGGUGAAAUUCAUUUUUAUACUAUAUUUUACUUGACCUGAUAUAUCUAAAAUAUUAGCAUUUCAACAGGGAGUCAAUAUAAAGGUAUUAAUGAAAUAUUUUUACAUUUCUUUUUCCCUUCAAAAUCUGGUAUGUACUUUUUAACGCUUGAUACUGAGCAUAUCUCAGUUCAGACUAGCCCCAUCCUAAGUGCUCAAUAGCCACGUGGGGCUAGUGGCUUCUGUAUUGGAUAGAGCAGCUCUAGAGAAGGGCUGCCUUUCAUGUAGGAGUUGUUCAAGGUCCCUCCUCUGUGCCCUCCUCUCCCCUCUGCACGCCUACCUUGGGGUGAUCUCAACCCCUCACUUGGUUUCCACAACCAUUCCUGAGCUCAGAGCUCUCUGCUAACUCCAGACCCCCAAUCUCCCCCCAGGGGUCUCACAGCACCUCUGACUCAGUUCGGCCCAUGCAGAACUCAGCAUCUGUCCCCCAAACCUCUGCCCUGAACCACCUGCUUCUCCUGAUUUCCCUGCCUCUCUUUACUUGGGACACCACCAUCCACCCCCUCCCCCAAGGCAGAUACAGAGGAGACACACUGGCUCCUCCCUUUCUCUCCCCCAUAGGGAGAGAGUUCUGUCAGCCCGACCCCCUGUGGUGCCACUGAACCUUGUCCCCCCCCUUCCCCCCCCACCCCCCACUGCCUUUCUCAUAGCUCAGAACUCGACAUUUCUCUCCACGUGGGGCCUGUGGGCCCUCUGUUUACCCUGCUGCCAGAGACUUUUUUUUUCCAAAAGCACCUCUGGGUGUCCCCCUUUUACUUUUCUGGCUCCCCAUCACCUCCACACACCUGACAUUUAAGUUUUGCCACAGUUGGUCCCCAAAUUUUCAAUCCAGUGCAAUUCAACUUUGGCAACUUUCUCCGGUGGCACUGUCUGUAAAGUACAGGGCUCGCUUUCACUGUUAACCCUGGUGCGAGCUACUCCCGGAAGCCUUUUUUUUUUUUUUUUUUUUUUUUUUUUUAAUUUGGGUGAUUUUCUUUUUAUUUUUUAAAAGUUGUAUGAAAUUGUUCCAGAUACAUUUUCUGGGAAUGAGUUUUCCCGGAAGCCUUCUUGAACCUCGCCCAUCCCAUCCUCUGGCCAGAAAUGGCCUCCAUCUCCUGGAUCUGAUCUCCCCUACCACCGAGUGUAUCACAGCACAUCUGUUAUGUCAUUGCUUUCUGUGUCCUGGUUUCUGCCUCCUGCCCUGCCGCCUGCUCCAGACUGGAGCCCAUAGGGCUUGGUAUCUUAUCCCUUCAUCUCUGACCCCAAUUCCCUAAAUGUAGAUUAAAUUACAGAAACAUGACUUCCAGACUCGGCUAAUUUACUUCAUGUCCUCAAAUAAUUUCCUUCCCCUCCCACCUUCACUCAGCUUUCCGGCCUGUGAAAUGGAGACAAUCCCUGUUGCCAGGCGUGCUUACCGGGGCUGGGAGAGAGUGAGAGGGUGCUACUGCCAGAGCUGCAGCAGGCUGACGGCAGGGCCCUGGCUGGGGCUGGGAUAGGAAGGGUAGUGACCGUGGAAGCUGAUAGAGCGUCCUGGAGAAGGGAGGCCCAGGCAGCACGGAUCCCUGUGGGAAGCAUGCAGUCUUAGCUGGAGGUAACUCCUGGAGGAGACAGUAUGUCUCUCACAAAAAGCAAAGCCCUUACCUUGGAAUGCACUCUUUUUCCCAGGCC